AUGGCGUCACGUGCGCACUCGACCCGAGCGUUCCUCACGUCCGAAGACGCCCGCACGAUCUUCACAAUGGUCUGCUGCUUCUUUGGCAUUGGGACGCUCGCCAUGCCGUCCAACUUUGCGCGCGCGGGGCCCUUCUACGCCACCGCUGCCAUGCUGCUCAUGGCGUUCGCCAAUAUCUACGCGACCGUUGCGCUCUCGCGCGUCAUGUUGGCCGCCCCGGCCUCGGUCCAGACCUUCACGGACGUAGGGGACUGGGUCUGCGGCAAACCCGGUCGCUACGCCGUCAUUGUCUCCCAGCUGCUCGUGUGUCUGCUCCUGCCCUGUGCCUUCCUCGUGCUCGGCAGCACUCUGCUCGACGUGCUCUUUCCCCACGCCUUCAGUCAGACCGCCUGGAUUGUCUUGAUGGCCUUCACCGUCGUUCCGCCCUGUUUGAUCCCCACGCUGAACGAAGCAGCUGCCAUGGCCGUCCUCGGCUGCCUCGGCACGUUCGUGGCCGACGUCGUGGGCGUCAGUGUGCUCCAGUGGGAACUGCGGGGCCACCCGGCCGUCCCAGCGCCGGACAUUACGCUCCACCAGGUCCUCACGACCUUUGGCAACCUCUCCCUCGCGUACGGCGCGUCGGUCGUGGUGCCCGACCUCCAGCGCCAGCACUCGGACCCGACGCGGAUGCCCCGCGUCAUUCUCGUGAGCAUGGGCGCCGGCUCGGCGUUCUUCCUCGUGGUGGCCAUUGUGGGCUACACUGCUGGCGGCUGCCAGCUCUCUGGCAACCUCCUCUUCUCGCUCGUGAACGUUGCAGACCCCCGGGCCGCGUCGGCGCUGGGCCGCCGUUCUACAUGGCCGAGCGCUUCCUCCUUGGCAUGCACGCGACGAAAGCGGCGGUCGAGCGCGGGGCCAAAGCAUCGGGGGGCGAGCCUGGCGAACCCCGCGACGUCGGACCUCGAAGGCAACAGCUACUCGGCUUCGCACACGCCACCAAGUGGGCUCCUGGCCGACCACAAGCGCGCGGGCGCCGCGUACACGGGCAAAGGCGUUGUGCUGCGCUACGUGACGCUCCGGCUGUCGCUCAUUGCAGUGCUCGUGGCCGCAUCGAUUGGCUUGCGCACGCGCUUUCUCGACCUCGUGGACUUCACAGGGGCGUCGGCCGUCACGGUCUGCUGCCUCGCGCUGCCCAUUCUCUUCUACCUCAAGGUCUUCUGGAGCGAGCUACCAAUGUACGAGCGCGUCGUGGCCUGUCUAUUGGUCGUCGUUUGCACCAUCGUCGGCUGCUACGUGCUGGUCAACGCCGGGCGAAACCUCUUUCAUCCAGCCACGGACGCCGCAGGUGUCAAUUUCCCGUACUGCUCGGCCGAGUUCCAAGUGGAGCCAUACUUUGUCCGGAAGUCGACACUGUCGAGUUAG